AUGGAGAGUCUGAUGGGUUACGUGAAGGAGCGGCUGAACGAAGACCUGACCUUGUCUCACCGGGGCAGUUCUCUCCGUUUUUCUUUCGAUUCGGUGAAGUAUGAGGAACUUGAGAUGAUUGCUGAGCAAACUUUUCUACCUUUGUCAGAAUCGGAAAAGAUCGAUGGACUGAAGAAAAGAAGGAAACGUGUACAAGAAAAGGCCAGAAAAAUCAGUGUGUAUGGGGCGAUGACGUGUGGGACAUUUGGGGCCAAUAAGGCAAGGUCCACGGAAAUUAGAAAGACUUUGAAAGUGACCAAGAGAAGCAAAAAGGCAGAUUUGCCAAAGGAGCUUUCGGGGAUAUCGGCUGAACAAAGAAGGGCUAGGAAACUCAUCCAGGAUGCUUCCUUAAUGUCAGAGCUUCCACUCGGCUCUGAACAGACCCGGGAAAAAAAGGAAGUGGAAGUGAAGGAAGGCAAGGAGGCCCUGCAGCUACUGGGAGACGAAACCCUUAAGCAAAAAGACCAACCUCAGUUGAAAAAGCUUUGGAAACAAGCUCCGAGAAAGGAAGAGACAACACAGGCGGAGCCAAAAGAGGAUGUUUCAAAGAUGGCUGCCGCCACACCCAAGGUAGAAGCCCAAAAGGAAUCCUUACCGCCUGCUGAGCCAGAAAAAGACACAUCGAAGAAACGCGAAAAGUUGAGUAAAGAAGAGGAGGAUACAUCUGAGGAAGAAAGUGAGGAGACAUCAGAAGGGGAGAGCUCCACAGAGCAAGAGGACAUAUUGGCUCAAAAAGAGGGUCGGCCUUCAGAAGAAGAAAAGGAAGCUGAUGGAUUCGUCAGGGAAGAGGGUAAACGACAGUGGGAGGAGUGGCCAGGGCAGGAGUUGGGGAAAGAGCUGGAAGGGGUAGAUGGAGCCAAGGCUGAAAAAUGGAUAAGAGAGAGACUGGAGCUAGGAGAGGACGAGUUUGGAAAAAUGAAGGAACAGUUUCAAGAUGUUCGGGCAGUCUGGAAAUGGGGAAAAUCUCACCCAGGAAGGAAGAGGGUCCAGAAAGAGAAAAGGAAGACUGAGAAAAAGAGAUCGCUCUGGGAAAAAGAGAGAAAGAGCUUAGCAAAGGAAGAGGGGGGUAAGGAGGAAGGGGAAGAAGAAGAGGAGGAGGAGGAAGAGGAAGAGGAGGAAGAGGAAGAGGAGGAUGAGGAAAUGAGGAGACAGAAAGAAGCAGCUGAGGAAGAAAAGAAACGGAGAGCUGAAAAAGCCAGAUUAGCCGCUCUAAUAGAAAAACUAUCUCCGAGAGUGGAAGAGAAGAAGCCUGAGAAGGUAAGACAGCGACAAAGAGGGCAACUGUUGCCCAUCCCAGUAGAGGAGACACAGGUGCAGGAAAAAGAGGAGUAUGCAGUGACAAAGGAGAUGGGCAUCGUAAAAGGCGAGAAAGCAAUCGUGGGAAGAAAGAGAACGAGGAGAAAAGAGAAGGCAUUCCCACAGGAGGAGAAAGAGAGGUUACAGAGUGAGAAAGAGGAGGGUCAGUUCCGGGAGGAGGAGGAGGAGGAG